AUGCACACAUACGUGGCAGCGUUCGCGCAUGUGCACAUGCGUCUGCAUUCGCGCAUGCAUGACACGUGUGCCGUGGGGGUCCGGGAGCUAUGGAACCCGGUAAUUACUGAGGCUGUUAAACAAGGUAUUCAUCCUCUAGAAAAUCAAACUAAAAACAGCCACUCCAACUGGGAUAUGAGCAGCUCCUUCUUCUUUGCUGGUACAGUAGUGACUACAAUUGGUUAUGGCACACUUGCACCCAGAACUCCAGGAGGACAAAUAUUCUGUGUUAUCUAUGCUUUAUUUGGAAUCCCAUUGAACAUUAUUGUUCUGGGUCAUGUUGGAAAACUUCUUUCAAGAAUGUGCCACAGAUUUGGCCAGUAUUGCUUUAAUAAGGGAAUGAAACAGAAAAAAGCAAAAGUACUGACAAUGAUAUUUUUCUUGGUGACUGGAAUGAUUGUCUUUUUGGGGCUCCCACCACUGCUACUUACAAAAACAGAAAACUGGACUUACACAGAAGGUGUUUACUAUGCGUUCAUUUCACUCAGCACCAUUGGAUUUGGCGACUAUGUUGUCGGCUAUGGACCUCAGCACUACAUGCCAUUCCGUGGCUUCCGUGCCUUGGUGUGCCUUUGGAUUCUAUUUGGACUAGCAUGGCUUUCUCUUCUAUUUAACUUACUGACUUCUCUACUAGAAGACACAGAGAAGAAAAUAGCCAAAGAUAUCCAGAAGAAAGUAAAAAGUAAAAAAGCUAGUGAGCAAGUACCACUGGAGCCUUUAAGCCGCUCUCAUUUGUCUGAGAAAGAGGAGCCCAUGGAACCAAGUGACUGCAAUAUCUCUGGGGAAAAAAUCAUUAAAGGCCAAUUAUGA